AUGGGGAACGCGAACAGCAGCGGCCGGGAAGACCACCCCCCCGGAGGUGCUGGCGGCGUCGCCAGCCGUCCAGGAGAGUUCGUCGCAGGUGCACGCGCCGGAGUCGCGGCGUCUUUCCCGCCCUCCACGCGUCAGGGCGGGCAGUCGCAUGAUCGCCCCGUGAUAGGUCAGUGCUACGCGUGUCAGGCGAGGGGGCUAGCCACAGUGGAGCCCUCUUCAGGAGAUCUGCGAUGCGGCAGGUGCGGCGCCGUCGGUUUCGUCGAGCGUCUCCCGGCGCGCGACGAAACCGACGGCGCCGCAGCGUCGAGCGUGUCGGCGGGUCGCAGUUCCUCUGCGCGCGACGAGUCCGCAGAUCCGAUCGAGAAUGCCUUCGGCGUCCCGCUUGGCGACCUCGUGGCGCAGCUCAUGGGCGGGCUCGCCCGCUUGCAGUCCGACGAUUCUGGCACCUUCUUCGACGACGAGGGCGGCGCCCGGGCGCUAUCCGCGGACGACCAGUCUGCCUCGCUGUGCCCGCGAGUCAUCUUCGGCUCAGAGCAGCAGCGGCAGCAACACGAAGAGGCGCGCCGCAUGAUGAACGCUGUCUUCGGCAGCCCCGGCGUCCGGACGGCCUUCGGCAGCGGAGGCGGAGGCGCCAACGCCGCUGGGGGAGGGCAAGCACCCUUCCUCCAGCAAAUUAGCAACGUCGUCAUGCAAGCGCUGAAUCAAGCGCUCUCAGGCGCAGGAGGUGCUGCCGGCCUCGCGGUCGGCGAAGACGCGAUGGAUCAAAUUCUUACGAUGAUCAUGCAGAACGACGUCAACCGCUACGGCUCGCCUCCCGCGGCUGAGGCGGUGAUUCGCAGUCUUCAAGAGGAAACCGUCAGCGAGGAAGAAGCGAGGGAGGCUGGCCCGUGCGCCAUCUGCCAGGAGGAAUAUCGCCGCGACGACGUCGUUCAUCGCCUGACGGAGGAUCGCUCGCAGUGCUCCCACAUUUUCCACAGGCAGUGCAUCAUCCCCUGGCUGCAGCAGCACAACUCGUGCCCGGUGUGUCGAUUCGAGCUCCCGACCGACGACGCCGCCUACAACCAGCGCCGAGCCGAGCUGCGGAAUCGCGUGCGCAGCACUCUGUCCUCCGUGGCGGCCGCCGCGACAAAUCCCUCCGCUUCCUCGCCUCAAACUGCCACAGGGGUGGUUUCGGCGAGCCCUCCUCCUGCGGCUGGGAACGCCUCAGAGACGGCCGCACGUGAGGCAACGGGCUCUGUUUCGUCCAUUCCCUCUGCAGCUUCUUCGUCUUCUUCUUCCACCUCUUCGUCAUCUUCUUCGUUGUCAUCUUCAGGCGCGUCUUCCUCGUCGUCUACCCGACAGGGCGAAGGGAGCGUUCGGCCGGCGACGGCAGCGGAGGGCGGCGGCGGCGACCACCCCGCGGGGGUGCUGGCGCCAGAGGGAGCUGAGCAGCCGUCGACUGCGGCGUCUUCCUGCUCCUCCUCUGCGUCCUUCGCGUCGGUUUCUUCAGACUCUCGCAGCGGCGUGUCUGCGGGGGCUGCGGAAGCCUCCUCGGCGCCGUCGUUCUCAUUUCGCUUCUCAGGUGCCGCGGCGCCUGCUGCAGGCUCGACGGGCGACGCAGGCGCCUGCUGCGCAGUUCUUCGGGGUCCCGGCCGUCGCGUCGUCGGCGUCGGGCGGCUUCCCCCCCCGCCAGGCGUGCCCGCCUUCGGGGCGACGCUGAGCUUCAAUGACCCUGAGGCCGUCCAGCAGCAGCUGCAGGACGUGAUGCAGCAGGUGUUUUCAGGCCUCGCCAACGCGCAGGCAGCCGCGCCGCAGCGGCCGCAGGGCGAGCCGCGUCACCACGGGAGACGAGGCGGCAACGACGGCGACGACGGCUGUCGCCAGCAGAGUGGAGAGUUCGGUCAGCAGCGGCUUUGUCAUUUGAAUGUCUUCUACGAUUCUCAAGUUCUGGGUAGCCUCCGCGGAGGUGUGGAGCUGAACGCGGCGGCUCUUAAGCCGCGACGCCAGGGCGCCAGAGUCUCCCCGCCCACACCCUUGUCGUCUCCGCGGCUCGCGGCGUUUCACUUCGCGGUCGGCUCUGCUGGGCCAUUAGACCUGGCCUGGGGAUAG